AUGUCGGUUCUUGUAGGUCUCGGAAGAUUCCUAGGGAUUGAUGGGAUCAAUAGCGCCCUCGAGGUUCUGUUUCAGGUAUGCGAUAGCGUGCCAGUCACUUGGUUUCUCGGGAUCUAUCGGUCGGUUGAAGCGCAUGUCCAUGAUGCCUUUGCCUUGAAGGGCUGGGAAUACCAACCGUCAUUGGGAAAGCGAACAGCUUCGAGGUUGUUUUUUCGGCCUCCAAUCCUCACUCUACCAUGUCCUUUGCCGACAUUACCUGCGUCAUGCGCCACGGUUGACAGCGAGGGCAAAAGGCUCGAGGAAGAUGCUGCAGAUAAUCACGAUCCUGGACUAACCAGCGAUGGAGCCAGAACAACUGAACUGACAGGGAGUGAGACGCCUGAUGAUGAAUUCAGGUCAGAAGCCAACUCCUGUGAUGGCGAUAGUUUUGCGACGGACACCGACAUCUUGAGGCCUGGGGAACAGGCUGGACCAGAAGAGGCGGACGGUAGCCUAAAAGGCGAAGAUCUUCUUUAUACCGAGGUUGAAAGCCAGGCUGAUACUGAAGAUGGCGGUGUUCUCCUCCCCGUGAGACUGCUGGCCUUUGCGGAAGACAAGGACGACAAUAGUGAGCAUUAUGAUUGCAAUGAUUAUUCGGGAAGAAUCCAUGAAACCGGAGAACUUGACAGCAGUCCAACACCGUGUAGUCUGGGAGAGAACAAAUGUCCCGUGCAGAACAAUAUCCGAGACGAGACCCCAAUAGGGAAUAAAGAAGGCCCGGUGUCAGCCAAUUGCAGCAGUGAAUUGGAUCUUCCUGGGAGAGAGAACCCUCCAACUUUCAGAAUCCCUAGCCCACGAACGACCAGAUUCGCCUCCGUAACUACCGAAACAAACACGAUGGAUUCCGAAGCGACCAAGAACGCGUUGAAGUUGGAGCGUCUAGCGGGUGGCUGGUGGGACGAGAUCCUCGCGAUGGUGACCGCCGCCUCCGAUGAGGUAGAAGCCUUCGAAAAGGCAGCAAUGGCAGCUACCCAGGGAAUGCAGGCAAUCUUGGAGGAGGCGACCAGGGUCACCCAAGAUCUCGAACAAGUCAAAGCAGCCUGGAUCCAUGCAAGCCAGAACGCUCCGGAUGUAGAUUCAGUCACGGCGGCUUUGUGGAACGAGACCCUCGCAGCAUUUGAAGCUGGCUCUGGAGAAGCUAAAGCGGCGCUCAAAGAAACCGCCAGUGCAGGCAACAAUGCCGUCGACGUCCAUCAUCAGUCCAACGACACGGUCAAGCCUAGGCCGAAGAAGAGACGGCCCAAGACGUCGCCGAAGCCACGGACAGAGCCUGAAGAACGCAAUCCCGACUGCAUUGACCCCGAGAAGGAUUUCUAUGAUGUCUGCUGGGACAUGAUCAAGGAGAUGGGCCUCACCGGUGUAUACGUGAAAGAGAAGAUGCUGCGAGAACAUUUGCAUAUAAAGCAUCCCAGGAAUCGCCAGGAAAAGAAAAAGAGUGAUGAAGGGGAGAAAGAGUCUCAAUACAAUGUCUGCUGCGAGUGCCACAAGCCCAUCAAAUGA